CGCCGACGGCGCCGUCAGUCGGGAGCGCCUCGUUGAACGAGUGAUUAACGGUGAUCGUGUGAUGACGGAGGUUGACGUCGAGGCGCCGGUCGUCGUCUGCGUAGGUGCGAAAUUCGAGAGGCUGCCGCGCGCGCGCGCGCACAAGAGGGAAGAGAGCAAGUAGGCGCGAGAGAGAGAGAGAGAGAGAGAGAAACAAAAAGAAGAAAAGAGCUGCGCGAUACUCGGCCUGACAAUGACGGUCCUGUGACUCUCGAGUUUCUCGAGGCGUUGAUCGCGCGAGGAGAGUGUGGCCAACAUCAUGGCGGCCACGAAGCAAGAGUCGCGCGCGGGCGACGAAAACUCGCCUUACUUUACAGACUUUCCCGCGCGGACGCGAUACGGCUGGUUUAAAUCCAACGAUCCGGACACGAUCGUCACGUGCGAGCCGCUGCCCGACGUGAACGUUUAUUUGUACGGCGGUACUAACUGCAGAAUCGUCGGCGGCGGCGGCACGAGAGGCAGCUACGAGUGGCGUUUCAGGAUCUUUACAACAGGCGACCAAGAGUUACAGAAUGUGGCCUUGAUAUCCGAUGAUCAUCGAGCUAACUUCUUCCUGAAGUCGGUGCGAGACAAGGACGGCACGGAAAUCGGCGUGACAAACGGCCAGGAGUGGCGGCAGAAUCCCUGUCCAGGUAACCCUGGAGAGGGCAAGAGGCGAUACCUGGUAACGGUCGGUUUCAUUGCCAAGAAACACGGCACGUAUCGGCAGGACCUGGUCUUUGGCUUCUCGAACUGGCCGGUAUACCUCCAAAGGAUCUGUGCGGACUACCUGCACAUCGAGAACUACGAGAGAAUACAGAGGGCGACGAAUUAUCAGCAGUCGCAGAUUCCGUCGAGAUGGGAGAGGCCGUACAAGUUCUACUCGCCCUUCAUGCCGCACGCGAAUCCGUGGGAGAUCAAGCUGUCGCGAAUCUACCCCUAUCCGGACCGACAGAACUUCGUCCUCACGCAGAACACCCUACUGGACAGCCGGCUGACACCGGACAAUUACCGGGGUCGCAUGCACGAGAUGAUCGCCCUCGAGGAGAUCGCCCGGCAUGAGCAGCUCUCGAGAUACAAUCAGAUCUCAUGGUUACGUCUUAUGGAGCAUUACGUGCUGUUUAACAGCGACGGCUCUACUAUGGUCAAAUACACGCCGCCGGGUGAGCUCUUCGCUCAGAUCCCACUCAGCCGGGACAUCUUGGAGGACACACAGAGCGGCAGACUCCUGCAGCGCAGCUGUAAUAGCGUUCUACUUAAGUUAUGGAAGAAUAAAACAAACAAUGUCAUUUUCGAAGCACACAUCGAAGACAAGAGCUCGCACUCCAUAUACGUCAGACUGAGCAAAGAAUGCGUGACUGUUUGGGAUUUGGAGGCGCACAACGAGCUCGAGGUCGAAGUACAAUUCACGUUGAGCCGUUUGAGCUUUUGCGAAUGGCACUUGGCGGUGGAUAGUCUCGAGAAUUUGGACCUAGUGUUUCUAAUGGACGAACCUUCUAAGACCAACAACGAGAUUAUUCGCGACUUUCUGCAGGUUGACGCUGACAAUCUUAGUGUCCUCUCUAGUCUACUCCUGAACUCGCCGCUCAAUCAUGAACAGAAGCAAGUGGUCACCGCGAUAACGUUGUCAAUCAAGGCUUCCUCACCACCGGUCCUUUUGCUGGGCCCAUUCGGCACGGGGAAGACAUUCACCAUAGCGCACAUGCUACGUAUGCUCGUACAGAAUACGAACAAUCGGAUACUUCUGUGUACGCACAGCAACAGCGCCGCUGAUCUUUACAUCAAGGAUUUUUUCCACGUCUGGUAUAAUAAGGAUAAACGUUCUCGACUCAAACCUGUUAGGAUAUAUUACAAAUUGCGUGCAUUGAACACGGUGCAUCCAACGGUCCAACAAUACUCCCUAAUGGACGAACAUGGUCAUUUCCGGGAUCCGGUUGCGGCAGAUCUACAAGAUUGUGGCCUAAUAGUGACUACACUGGCAACAUCCAGUUGUCUGAAGAGUCUCAAAUUGUCGCUGACUCACAUAGUCAUUGACGAGGCGGCCCAGGCCAUGGAGUGCGAGGCGCUGAUAGCUUUGACUCUAGCGAACCAAGAAACUCGCCUGCUCCUGGCGGGCGAUCAGAUGCAACUCGCGCCGGAAAUCUACAGCGUGCUGGCGAACGAGCGAGGAUUAGGCGUUAGCCUCCUUGAGAGAAUGUACGCGUACUAUCCGCCGGAACAUCCAUGUCGGAUACAUCUGUGUCAAAACUAUCGUGCACACGCGGAUAUAAUCAAGUACACGUCCGAAACGUUCUAUGACGGACUGGUUAAACCCGCCAACUUGCAACUGCUCAAGCAUCCCGUCAUGAAACCGUUGAUAUUUUAUGCUGUUAACGGUGUGGAAGAACAGGCUGCAUGUUCAACGGGAUAUCACCAUGCCACGGAGGCGGAAGAGCUAGCGAAUCGUGUCCUGGAAUUGAGGAGUGCAUGGCCGACACAACAAUGGGGCCCCUACAACGAAGGCUCUAUUGGAGUCUUGUCGUACUAUCCUGAACAAGUACAACGAUUGCGAAUCGAAUUGCGCAAGCGUCUGCUUUUCGACGUGUCUGUCGAGAGGGUGUUAAACGUCCAAGGCAAGCAAUUCACUGCAGUUUUUAUCAGCACAGUUCGAACAAGGAUAUCUGACAGAUCAUCCGCCGAGGUAAAAAUAAAGGAUUAUGGUUUUUUAACGGAUCCACGUUUAUUCAAUACCGCGCUAACGAGAGCAAAGUGUUUCGUGGCGGUCGUAGGCGAUCCGGUCGCUCUCCUAACUAUAGGUCGCUGCAAAGAUCUUUGGAGAAAAUAUCUCGAAGUGGCCGAUCUGUAUGGGAUGGACCGAAACGAAUUACAGACACACCUGAAUCAGGUCUCCAAGCUUCAAAUAUCGCCUUUGAAUCCGCACGCGAAGGAAUUUUUUCCCAGGACGCAGCCUCUAUGCUUCGUCCAGUAUAUUCAAGUGCCGAUUUGGUAUCCGGUAAUCUAUCCUCAGCAACAGCCAAUGUGAUAAAAUCUAAUAUUUUUAUCGAUUAUUUUGGGACGCGGCCAUCCACUUCAAGAAUCUCAAAACUAUUUCGCUGUGACUAUUUAUCAGUACUUUCUUCGAUCGUAUCGAUCGCCGAAAAAUGAGAAACUGUAUUAAACUUCUUAUAUGUGUGCAUUGAUUCUACAAUUUUUUAUUUGUGUGACGGUAUGAGUGUCUGUAAUGUAUAAAUGUGCAUACAAGAGAAUUUCAUUAAAAGUAUAAAACGUUUUAAUUUUUUAUGUGAAAAUGAAUUAUCUAUUAAGAAACUGUUAAAAAAUAUACAUGAAUUACCUCAAAUGUAUUUCACUUUAACAGUUUGUUGAGUUUCUUCGUUUUAUCUAGAUGUUUAAGCAACGUGGACAUAUUUUAUAUAUACGUGUAACAUGUGUAAUGUAUACAGACAGAGCGAGAAAUCCAUCAUCAAUAUAAUGUAUUUAGAUUUUCUUUAGAUUCAACAUAAUUAUAAGAUAAUGUAUUUCUAAAUAAAAAAUAUAUGAGAGAUAUACAUAUUUUAUGUAAUUUUUUUUCUUAUUUGGAAAGAAUAUAAUUUUGUAGGAAGGUGUGAAAUGUCAUUCUCCGAUUAUUCUCGAGAGCCAACGUUUCAUUCCUACGCGAAAGUAUACGCGCUAUUAUGUUAACGAACGGCAUCUAAAAUAUCGCGUGUUAAUUUUCUCGUAUUAAUAACGCGAUGUUACCCGGAGGGGAGAUAGUAUAGUAUACCAGGACAUAUACAACGGCGACAGGUACAUCACUGAUACGCGACCCGGGUAUUGUCUAACGCCUAGAGGCAGAGCACGUAGAUCGCGCGUACACACGCAGGCACGUGUGCUACGUGCAUCUUCGACACCACCGCAUCCACCACGAAUAUUCGAUACGUAAUUCUAUGCCUCGCGACUUGUCUCUUGCGCGAUCCGAUCUGUCGCUGUUAGUAGUACCGUCUCACAGAAUAUCCGUAUGUUGACGCUAAUUGAACGCGGGGUGCAAGGAGGUUUCCGUCCAAGGAAUAUUGCGAGGUACCAAGUUUCCUUCUUGACACAAAAUGAUACGCGUUGGCGUUGAGUGUAAGAUACCCGAUUACGUGAAUAAUUUCAGGGCAGGAAAGGGGCAAAAAGGUUAUAUGGUUAAAUUGAAGACGAAAUUGCAAAUUUAUUUCAGGAAAAGGUAGUUCUCCAUUUAUGUAUUAUUUUUUACUGUACUUAAGAUGUAGAAACUUAUUACAAAUAUAGGAGUUUUCUAUUAAACAAAUUCUAUCUAUCAACACGGUAAAAAUAAAACCUCAAAAUUUUCCUGACUCGUUUUUAGUAACGGAAAAUAUCCAUAACUUUAAUAAAUUUUUUGUUUAUAUAUAAAUUAAUUUUUUCCAUCUCAAAUAUACUAAUAAAUAAUAUUUAAUCUCAGACUGUCGUUUUAUUCUUUUCUCUGAAACCAAUUCAUAAAUUUUGCUUUUAAUUUGACCAUGCAAAAACCUUCUGUUCCUCCUUUAAAUAAUUUGAUGCAAACAGAAUGUGUGGUACAUAAAAACAUUCGAUAAACUAUACAUAACUCGAAGAAAAAUAUAUGAUUAUCUCACGCGCUUAUGCAGUAUUAAUUGAGAUUUAAUGGUAUUAGAAUGCGAUACAUGCUAAAAUGUCCGAGCUCUGCUGUUCGGAUAAUUCAAUCGAGGUUUUAUCGGACGAAACGGAUGAAGUUUUAUUGAAAAAUCUUAAGCUUGUUGAAUAUUCAGCCUUAUCGCGAAAAAUAUUACAGCAAUCCCGGGAGGGCCGAACUUCACGCGGCGCAUACCGCACGCGAUCGAUUUUUCGUGUGCAACGAAAAGGAGAAAUAUUACCGAAAUUCCGCCGAUAAUUCCAAUCGUGUUUCCCGUAAUUAGUGAAAAUUUAAAUAUGGUACAUACGCGCUAAUAUGCAAGUUUACGUACAAAUACAUGUCGCUCUUUUCAUCUUCUAAUCAAUCAGACCGAAUAUUUCCACAAAAUGGUUUUGGUACAAUUCGCACAAGUAAUUUUCCAACAAAUAUCAGUUUUUGCCCAUGUUUUACGAAGUAGACAGCUGCUGCUCGAAGCUCGAAGGAAUCAAGGUGAUAGAUGUAUCCGAUUUUUAAUUGCGCUGUCGCUUGGAAAAUUCGUUAACGUGAAAAGAAUGGAAAAAAAA